AUGAUUCAACUCAAGACGAUGCUUAACUGCAUCGACAACUCCGGUGCUGCAAUUGUCGAGUGCGCGCUGGUCGUUGGUCAGAAGAGACAUGCCACCAUUGGUGAUCGCAUCGUAGCAAUUGUGCAGAAGCAGCGCGGCGCCUCGGACGCUGGUAUGGGCGUAGCCUCGGCGGCGAACAAGGUGAAGCGUGGCGAUAUCCGCCACGCCAUCAUUGUGCGGACCAAGAAGCAGGUACAACGGCCCGAUGGCUCCGUUGUCAGGUUCGACGAUAACGCCUGCGUCCUCAUCAACAAGGCCGGCGACCCCAUCGGCUCCCGUGUCAACGGCGUUGUCGGUGCCGAGCUGAGAAGGAGGAAGUGGAGCAAGAUUCUCAGCAUGGCCCCAAUGCAUGCUUAA